GACCUUUAAGCCGGCACUUUGCAGAGGGAGGAUCCUGGGUUGAUAUACAAACAAACCCUCACCUAGUCACCUAGUCCUCACUCAGCCCAACACACAGCUACAGCCCGCAGACUCUACUGCUAUUCCUUCACACAGAUAGCAUAAAGUUGAAGUGACCUGACAUCAAGAUGGCAGCACAGGGAGCUGGAAUGGCCAACAAGGGUCCCUCCUACGGCAUGAGCCGGCAGGUCCAGGAUAAGAUCGCCAGUAAGUAUGACCCCGAGCUGGAGCAGAUCCUGGUGGAGUGGCUCAGCCGGCAGUGUGGCUCUGGCGUGGGCAAGCCCGAGGCGGGGAAAAUCGGCUUCCAGGCCUGGCUGAAGGAUGGAUGUGUGCUGAGUGAGCUGAUCAACAGCUUGGUCACCGGGGACAAGCCCAUCAAGAAGAUCGGGAGUUCCCCCAUGGCCUUCAAACAGAUGGAGCAGAUCUCCCAGUUCCUCACCGCCGCCGAGAAGUACGGCGUCAUCAAGACGGACAUGUUCCAGACGGUGGACCUCUGGGAAGGUAAGGACCUGGCUGCCGUGCAGAGAACCCUCUCCGCUCUGGGCAGCUUGGCCGUCACUAAAGACGAGGGGACCUACAGGGGAGACGCCAGCUGGUUCUUCAAGAAAGCCCAAGAAAACAGGAGGGACUUCAGCGACGACCAGAUGAAAGCGGGCAAGAACGUGAUCGGCCUGCAGAUGGGAUCCAACAAGGGGGCCUCUCAGCAGGGCAUGAGCUACGGGAGCUCUCGACAGAUCCUCUGAAGCCCCUGACCCCACAGACGGCCCCAAGAAACCCUUCCUCUCGAGAUAGCUGGCUUAGUAGUCCGUAAAACCCUCCUAGUAACCCCCCACCCACUGUCCCUAGCAACAGCCCCACAUAGAUGAGCAACACCACAUUAACCCCCCCCCCCCCCCCUCAGCUUCCCCCCAGCAUUUUCUCCCCUACAGAUCUCAUUAUAGGUUCCGUCCACUCAAAACGUCUUAACCAAUCCUAACAUCUUAACAUCUUCAGUGGUCUCGAUCCCGCCCACUCAAAACCUCUUAACCAAUCCUAACAUCUUAACAUCUUCAGUGGUUUGCGGUUAACAGAAGCAGCGCGCCACGGCCAUCACAGGUUACUUUGACACUAAGCUCAAUAACUUCCUUCUCAUGCACCAUGAGGACGAUGAGCAGGACACACAGAGUACUCCUACCACAUCAUUCAUUGACUGAACUCAGCAUUGACAGAGGUCAAGGCGUCUUUAAAUCCAGCCCCGCAAAUAAUGAUUAUAAUAUCCGUAUUGAACAUAGUUCAAUGCGGAAUGAGAGGACAGAGGUCGUGGGUGAUGUACAAAAUGUGUUCCUCUCGCUGAUACAAUUCUCAGUAAGAUCAAAUAUUUCUUUGAGAUGGCUUUACAUGCUGUAUCGGCAACAAUAUUUUGUACAUUGUCUAAUUAAAAGAAUGACUUUGAAAUACAUCACGUACUAACUGUUGAACUGU